GAAAGCUAUUUCCAUAAAUCAAGUAAUUUUAUGUUUUAAUGAUUUAUAAUUCAAAAUUAAUACUAAAUCAUUGUAUGUCAACAUCCAUGUCCACCUCAUCAGCAUUAGUCUCAAUGAAGUCUUCCCGUAAAUCUACCGGCGCUAUCCUCAACCGAAGCCAAUACAAUGGCGGCGCCCAGCCUAAGGUGACUAAACUGGAGGCUAUGGUGCGUGACUACCGGAGCCAACUCUCAUACCAGCCCAUAAACUACGAACAACAGGCGCUACGGGACUCCCGGCGCUCUCAGCCACGCAUAUGCGUUGCCGUACGUAAGCGCCCGCUAAACAAAAAGGAAAGGGACCGGAGGGAUACGGAAGUGGUAACGGUGCCCUCGGGUAGGUCGGUGCUGGUGCACGAGCUUAAGCGCAAAGUAGACCAGACCCCAUACCUGGACAACCAUACGUUCCGAUUCGACUGCGCCUUCGACGACACGGCCGACAACGAGACGGUCUACCGGUGCACCGCUCAGCCCCUCGUGUAUACUCUGUUUGCCGGGGGAAUGGCUACUUGUUUCGCGUACGGACAGACCGGUAGUGGAAAGACUCAUACGAUGGGCGGUGACUUUGAAGGGGAGGACAGCCAGUCGGCCGAGAAGGGUAUCUACGCGCUGGCGGCCCGGGAUGUGUUCGCUAUGAACCAGUCGGCCAAAUACCGGUCCCAUAGUCUGCGAUUGUUUGUCUCGUUUUUCGAGAUAUACGCCGGAAAGGUAUACGAUUUGCUAAACGGAAAGAAGAAGCUCCGGGUGCUGGAGGACGGCCGACAACAGGUUCAGGUGGUAGGCCUACGGGAACGGCCCGUCGACGGCGUGGACUCUGUGCUCAAACACAUCCGAAAGGGCACUGAAUUGCGGACAUCGGGCUCGACGUCCAUCAACAGCCAUUCCUCCCGUUCCCACGCCGUCUUCCAGAUAGUACUGCGCACCGAAAGUGGCGGACUGUCCGGUAAGCUAUCGCUCGUCGAUUUGGCCGGCAAUGAGAGGGGCGCCGACACGAUGGCCGCCGAUCUCGUGACCCGUAAGGAGGGCGCGGAGAUCAACACUAGUCUACUGGCGCUUAAGGAGUGUAUCCGCGCGUUGGGCCGCAAGGGCUCACACCUGCCCUUCAGAGGCAGUACUUUGACGCAAGUAUUGCGCGACUCAUUCAUCGGCGAGAAGUCGCGCACUUGUAUGAUAGCGAUGAUAUCGCCGGGUAUGCAGUCGUGCGACAACACACUGAAUACUCUGCGAUACGCCGAUCGCGUCAAAGAGCUCCGGGCGGACACUCCCGAUGUCGUGCCGGUGGUGGACGCCAGCGAUGAGGACGACGUGGAGGACAGGGAUUACUGUGCGCUCAAUACGGCAGAUGAGGACGUGGAUGAGGAUGUGGAUGAGGCGACUAUUAAUAUCGCCAACACCUCUAAGUUUGUGGUGAAAAGACCUGUCGUUCCCGUCAUAACUGAUUCACCGCAACGUCUGUUCACUAUUCGUGAGACAGAGUCCGAGUCCUCCGACUCCGGCCUAUUAGAGAUGGAAAGCCGUGUUCUCGACGCUCAUGAAAAUCUGGUCAAAGACUUCCCAGAUUUCCGGGAAGUGAAUGAACAGCUGCUGGCGUCGACCGUCGAUGUCGACUACGAUAAGGAUAUAUACGCAGAACUGGUCGAAAAGGUGAUCAACAAGAAAAUCAAUCAAAUCUUGAAACUCAAGGGAAGUCGCCAAGAGUUGCGUUCAUUAGCGGCGAAAGUGAUGCGAGAAAAUAGUCGCUUGAAAACGGAUUUAAUUAAAUACAAAUUGUUAGCAAGCAAAUGUAUGACACAUUUGGGUUACUUCCGAAAUGUGAAGCAAAUUUCGGUGGAAAUGGACAACGAGUUGACACAACAAGUCGACGCCUUAAAUGCUACCAAAAACUGCUUCAUUCGCAUGACUGACAUACAAAUGAAUGCCAUUUCUAAGCCUAAAGCUAACUGCUUAGGAUUCAGGAGCGGAAGCGAUGGAUACGAUAAGAGUGUCACUAAUGAAGUGCGAAAAUCAGCCAAAAAACAAGUCUUUCAAACUAUAAAUAAGCGCAAAGUCAGUGGAAAGGGUGGACACAAAUCCAGAGCUGAAGAAGUGGUUAAUUCUUACGAUUCUCUAGACAUCGAAAGCGACACUACAUGUGAAUCAAGUGAUGAAUGUUUUAUGGAAACUGAAGACAUUAUUGAGAGCCAGAAGUCGAAGAAUUUGAGUGCAACUAAUGGACACAAAAGUGCUUCAAAUGACAAUCAAAGAGAUUGUGAUUUAGAGAUAAUUGCAGACAAGAGUUAUCGACAAAAUACAAGAAAACGAAAAAAUAAACCCAUAGGAAGUGUUGGCAUAAAUAUACCGGAGGAAUAUGAUAGCGGUUUGUAUGGCAUGGGAAAGGGUGAUAAUUUGGACACCGAUUGUGGCCAAAGUCUUAAGAAAAGGAGACAACAAUAUGUAUGCGAUUACAACGAGUGUCGCCAAUCUUAUGACACAUGCCAUCAGCUGACAGAUCACCAAAUGUCUCAUACGAGCGACAGAUACUUCUGCGACUACGAGGGCUGUAACAGACAUUUCGCACUUUUGGGAGGACUGUCCGUCCACAAGAAGUGUGGUAAACACGUGUUGGGACAGCCGUUUUUAUGCGGUAUCAAUGAGUGCCUGUUUGAGACCCUAUCUAAAGACUUCUUAGAGGACCACAUCUUAUGCAACCACUCAAGUGAUGAUCGCAUGAAUGACACGACAACUGAAGAGUUGUAUGAAUCCAACGAUAGUCGAGGACUGGGUUCACAGACCUAUCGAUCGCUAAGUAAUGAGUCUUUUAAUUAUAAUGAAUUAAUUGAUGACACUAUGAGUGGUAUUGUUGAUGGUAUAGCCAUCGAGUGCCUCAGUCGGUAG